UCAAUUUCUAUGUUCACAUUCUGUAGUUUCUAUAUAUAUGCGUGUGGUUGCGACAAGCAGAGACAUUCAUGCAAAGAAGCUUAAGAGAGCUGCGACACAUAGGUUAUUGUUGAUCAACAAGGGCAUAGACAGAGUCGCUUUCUUCGUCAGAAAAUCCAUGUCUGCAUCCGAACAAAGCUCCGGUGUCCGCAGUCCCAGAUCGGUUGUCAAGAAGGUCCUCGCCAAGCCUCAAAAUGAAGGUGAUGGUGCUGUUGUUAGGAGAAGCAUUGGAAGUUCCGAAUUGAAGAAUUUGGAUCCAUUUCUCAUGUUGGAUGAAUUUGCAGUCUCACCUCCUGCUGGAUUUCCUGAUCACCCACAUAGAGGUGGAUUAUAUAUGUAUAUAUACACAUAUAUGUGGAUAUAUCCCUGUUCUUGCUCAUUUUCUUGGAUGCUGACUCCGUGCGAUGUUUUUACAGGAUUUGAGACUGUAACAUACAUGUUGGAGGGAUCUUUCAGUCAUCAAGAUUUUGCAGGGCAUAAGGGUACAAUCGGAACCGGUGAUGUUCAGUGGAUGACAGCAGGAAGAGGGAUAAUUCACUCGGAAAUGCCUGCAGGAGAAGGAACACAAAGGGGAUUGCAACUAUGGAUCAACCUAUCUUCCAAGGAUAAAAUGAUUGAACCGAGGUAUCAAGAACUGUUGAGGGAGGAUAUCAAACGAGAAGAGAAGGAUGGAGUUGAAGUCAGAAUUAUAGCAGGAGAAGCUAUGGGGAUUCAAUCUCCGGAUUACACCAGAACGCCAACAAUGUACCUUGAUUUCACUCUUAAACCGGGAGCCCAGUUGCAUCAAAAUAUCUCAGAAUCCUGGAAUUCCUUUGUGUAUAUCAUUGAAGGUGAAGGGGUCUUUGGUUCCUUAAACUCAUCACCGGUAACAGCUUAUCACGUCUUGGUUCUGGGUCAUGGAGAUGGUCUAAGUGUGUGGAACAAAUCUGCCAAGCCUUUGAGAUUUGUGUUGAUAGGAGGACAGCCACUUAACGAACCAGUGGUUCAGUAUGGGCCUUUCGUGAUGAACACGCAAGCUGAAAUUAAUCAAACUCUUGAAGACUAUCGUGGUCGCAAGAAUGGUUUUGAGAGGGCUAAGCAUUGGAGAUCUCAGUAAGUCAGCUACUUAAGGCAGAAGAUCACAGAAUUACAGAGAUUCUAUACUCUGGAGUAUCACUUAUAUUCUUCCAUUUGAAAUUUUAGCUCAAUCUGUAUUUCCAAUAUCGGUAACAAUAGCAUCAACAAUUCUCCGCUUCGGAAGGAGUAUUCUUUGGUUUCUCUGCCACCGAAGCAAUAAACAGAGGGAACAAGUGUCCUCUUUUUUUUUUUUCCUAGGUGAGACUCACACACACUACCUCCACUGAGGUUCGAACCCCUGACCUCCCUUUGGGAAGUAGGAGCCUUGUACUGCUAGGCCACAAGCCUUGGUAACAAGUGUCCAUUUUCGGUCCGUCUCUAUUUAAAAAAAAAAAAAAAAAAAUUCGGUCCGUCUCUAUUAAAUUUUCUAACACUAAAGAUUUUCCUAGAGUAACCACCAAAAGAGAGGAUUGGAGAAAAAGAAUUACGCAGAAAUGUAAUCGGGUAAAUUACACUCACACCCCCUGUGGUUUGGUCAUAUUACACCUAGAUUAACAUUUUGGCUUUAGAUUUCACUUAUAUUUGAAUGAGUUAUUUAGCAUUUCACUUACACCCCAAAUAUCAAUUUUUGAUUGAAUCGGAGUACUUUUGAGGUGUUAAAUGACUAUACUACCCUUUAACCUCACAUUGACUUUUUUUGUGACCAAAGUACCCCUCACAAUCACCACCGCCUCUCUAUCAUGAACCUUCUCUUUCUCAUUUUGACUUCAGAUGUGUGUAGGACGAUGACUAUACUGCCCGACAAGUGAAAUUUCUUUAACACCAUCAACCACUUCCUUCUGGAAUUUCUUUAACACCUUCGCGGAUGGUGGAAGGUGCGGACAAAAAGGAAAGUCGCAAAUCAAUAAGGAUGGGUUAUGGGGGUGGGUUAUGCCGCAGAUCGAUUCGCGAUGAGGAUGGGUUUUCCGCUCAGUAGAUUUUGGGUGAUGGGUUAACGGUGGUGGUUGUAAGGAUGGAGGUGGGAAUGGUGGCAGUGGUUUGGGAUAUGUGGUGGCGGAUGUCGGGAUGGAGAUGGUGGCAAAUGGUUUGGGAUAGGUGGUGGUGGAUGUAGGCUGCCCCAAAACAACUGUUAUAGCUGCUCGAAAGAGGUUUACGAUAGAUUGUUGAAAGAUUCUGAAGAUCUUAACUCUAUUCAAUGUCGCGACAUAAAUGCUCCAACAAGGUUCCAAAACUACUUUACCAAUUUCUUGAACUUGAAGGAGUUGUACAUGAACUGGUGCAUCUGAUGGAGCCAGAGAUGGUGGCGGUUGUGUGGGGGUAAGGAUAGGGUUUUUUUUGUCAUUUAAGAUAAUAUAUAUUUUGUAUUAAAAAAUUGAGGGUAAAAUGGUCCAUUCACAUGAUUGGGGUGUAAGUGAAAAGUAAAACCAAAAUUUUCAUCUAGUUGAAAUAUGACCUAACCUCAGGGGGUGUUGGUGUAAUUUACUCAAAAAAAUAUAUCACUGGAUGGCUGCAAAAAAUUUCUAGACGACCCAAAAUGUGGCUGCAGCUACUGUGUUUUAUACUAAAGUCACGAUGCAUCAACUUAUCUUCCUUAAAUUACUCUUUGCAAUAAAUUCCUUUUUGGCCA